CCCAAGCAAGCCUUUCAGUGGGUGUGACUGCCAGCUGCUCCACAGAGCACUGCCAAUUUGAUAGAAAUCUGGGUUCAGUCUACAGGAGUCUGCUCACCUAACAUGAAUAAGUCUGGCACAUCAACUGGGCUCCAGAAGGACUAAAGGAGGUGUGAAUCAACGUGUGUAGAAGAUAUUGGACCUCUGAAGAUUCGGCCAUGGUGCCUCUUGGAUGAUUAUGGUGAUGAUGAUGCCAGUUACCAUACCCCGCCCAGCUCUCUAAACCCCAGUUUAAACCUGGUCCUGCCGAGGGUUCCAGCAUGUUGCGGUCCAGUGUGUCCACCCACCAGAAGUAUGGGUCUCUUGGGUUGCUGGUGCUGCAGACCACCACUUUGGUUUUGACCAUGCGAUACUCACGCACGCAGCAGGCGGAGGGCCCUCGCUACCUGGCUUCAUCAGCUGUGGUCUGUACUGAGCUGCUGAAGAUCGCUGCCUGCACCUUACUCAUUUUCAGGGACAACAGGUUCAGUGUGCAUGCGAUGAAUCAGACUCUCUGGGAUGAAAUUGUGAGCAAGCCCCUGGAGACCCUGAAGCUGACCAUCCCUUCAGGCAUCUACACCCUGCAGAACAAUCUUCUCUACGUGGCUCUCUCCCACCUGGAUGCUGCCACCUACCAGGUCACAUAUCAGCUGAAGAUCCUCACCACAGCUCUCUUUUCUGUGUCUCUGCUUGGCAAGAGACUUGGAAACUACCAGUGGCUAUCCUUACUCAUUCUAAUGACAGGUGUAGUGCUUGUACAGUGGCCUUCGGACUUAACUUUGGUCCCGGAGCUGGAGAAUCUCUCUGCAGGAACUCAGUUCAUGGGGUUACUCGCUGUGUUAGUGGCCUGUUUCUCCAGUGGUUUUGCAGGUGUUUACUUUGAGAAGAUCCUCAAAGAGUCCAAACAAUGCGUAUGGAUCCGUAACAUUCAGUUAGGUUUGUUCGGCUUGGCUUUCGGACUAACGGGAGUGUUUGCGUAUGAUGGAGACAGGGUGUUGACAGGUGGAUUUCUCCAGGGCUAUAACAGCAUCACCUGGAUAGUUGUACUUCUGCAGGCAUUGGGUGGGUUGGUCAUUGCAGCUGUCAUCAAGUAUGCAGACAACAUCCUGAAAGGCUUUGCCACAUCCAUCUCUAUCAUUUUAUCUAGUUUGAUCUCAUACUUCUGGUUAGAGGACUUUGAUCCUACCAGGCUGUUCUUCCUGGGAUCAGUGCUGGUGAUUACAGCUACCUUUCUGUAUGGGUUUGACCAGAAGCCUGUUGUCAGCUCUAAUGUAGCUUAGGGAAUGGAGGGCCACAUGGAUGUAUUACAUCAAGGGACUACAAGAUGCCUCUCUGAGGGGACGGGAAAAUCUAGGACGGCACAGGAAGGAGGGCAGGAGAAUACAAGGAUGUAUGUGGGCUGAGACAGUGGGAAAGGACAUUAAGGAGGACCUCAUCAGGCUCAGACAGCAACGUGUUGGUGAAGUCUGUUUGAUUUUAUGACCUGAAUGAUCGUUCUCCUUCAUAGGAACUUCAAGGAAAACACUUCAGAUGUUUUUUGUGUGUGUGUGUGUGUGUGUGUGUGUGUGUGUGUGUGUGUGACGUGUCUUGCUAGUAUCUUAUAUGAACAUCUAGAUUACAUUAAAUGAUCAAGGAAGGCUCUUGAAGGAAGAAUCAAGGAAUGCUAUCAGUGUUAUCUGUAGCUUUAUCAUAUGCCUAAAUAAGGUCAAAAAUGGAAUUUCUUUCAAGGACAUUAGAAGUGCCUCAGUAAGCAGAUAUGUCACAAUAAACCACUCAUCCAAUGACAAAGUAGACCCUCUAGUGGCAGUUGUAGGAACUGCUAAAGUUGGCACUUCAGAAAUCAAACUUCUCAGAGAUGCUCAGUGUUUUUUUUAUUAGAAGCUCAAGCGGGAAAGGCGGUUUGAGCUCAUUGCUCUUAGCUUGGGCAUUCAACGGAAAUAUAUGUCACAUCACAGUUUGUUUUAUGCAAAACCCAUUUGCAUGCAGGAAAAGAAAUCUGUGAAAGUUCUCUUCAGUUACCUAAGUUCCAUGCUCACAGGCCAAGACUGCCCUCCACAGUUAUCUAGUACUCUGUCAUUGCAUAGACUUGUUUUGUAAUGGGAAACUAUAUAAAUAUGAACAAGCUAUUUUUAAAGGAAUCAAUAGUUAUGGAAUUAGAGUUGAUCUUUGUAAAUCUUACCUCAUAAUAUUCUUUAUCAAAAAUUGAACUUUUAAACAUUUUCUAAAUUAAACAUUUUUUCGUCAUAUGUUGAAAUGUCAUCAUUCAAGCUCAAAAUGCUGGAAUAAAUGCUUUUCAGGUAUAUAUCCAAACCACACACACUGCUGGUGUUCUGGGCCCUGGUUCUUCAGAAAAUGCUUAGUACAAUACUGCAUAUGCUUAACAUACAGACGAUCAUCUCAACAGCCUGAAAGGAUGAGACUCUUAGCUUAGAAUGCUCUGGAUUCACACUGGCUGCAGCUGAGAAAUGUUUGCUAGAGGGUAGCUGAGAGGAGUGAUUAAUUAUAUUAGACUCCUUAAUGGCUUCAUCAGUAUCUUCUUCUGUACCUUUACUUGAGGUAAG